AUGAAUUCGGCUAUAAGCACCUGUUUUGUGUUUUUCUGUAUGGUUUUUAAUGCAGAGGGUGUAUUGUCACAGAGGCAAGAGAAUGCCACAUUUCCAUCUAAAGGGAAUUCCGAACUCGAGGUAUACAAACAACUACUUCAUCUGGAAACAGUUCUGGAUUCAGUACUUAUAGACCUGGCAUCUGUAAAGCUAGAAAAUCAGCGACUUCAGCAACAACAGACAAAUUUCGAAAAAGAGAUACAAACAUUGAAUCUUUUAAAAGUUAAUCAAACAGAGCAGAUUUUGGAGGAAAAAAUAAACAAUGUGAAUUCUUUGACUUUACUUUUACUACAAAACAUGACAACUCAGGACGACAUAAGGAAACUGGAAACCAUAAUAACUUUUAAUAUGGAGCAGAGACUAAUAAGCAGAGAACAGGAGAUGAUUAAGAAUGUAUCUGCCAAAUUAAAGGAUCUGGAACUCCAAAGCCGAUAUUUAUCCCGUUCUCUUCUAGAUGUGUUCAAUAACACUACUGGAUUAGCGUCUCUACUUUCAAAUUAUAUAGAACAGCAAAAUAUCACAUAUACCCAUGUGCAACACCUACAAAAUGACAUUACAAAGAUAAAUGCUUCACUCUCCCAGCUUCAGACUGUUAGUCGAUCAAAUGUAGCUUUCACAGCUGGAGCAAAUGGAGGGACAUAUUCUCAAGGAGAGACUGUUGUAUUCCAGCAUGUAAUGUACCAGGUGGGAGGCGGAUAUAACUCCAAAACAGGAGUGUUUACAGUCCCUACAACCGGACUUUACCUUAUAUUCUGA